AUGACCAGCACGGCACAAGACUCAUCCGAGAACGAUUCACGUCAAGACUUUAACGAAGAGCUCAUUGCAUGGAGACAGGAGACACGCCACUUUCUGCUAAAUGACGCGAUAAGACUCACUAAUUACGCUGCGCUUGAAUUGAAACGCAUUGACUUUAUCUGGGGUCGCAUCCGAUUUGAGCGCAGUGUUGUGUCUCCCGCUAUCAAGGCUGACGUCCGCGUCGAAGGUCAUCUUGUGGUGUCUACGAAGGCAGAAGUUAAGCUGACUAGAGCUCAGCGCAAUGCGCCGAUUAAAAUUGUUCUUCAGCAAUACUGCGUAUUGAAUCAAAUCCUCGAAUUUCAUGGAAUCUUGCAAAGCCUAGUGGAAGUUCUUACGGAAAUCGAAGAAUUUAUCGAUGAGCAGCGUCACGACGUACUGGAUGACCGGUCCAGCAACGACGAUGUUGAUGUCUACGUGGACAUUUUGAAGUACACCUUUGAGAACCUCGAUAUCAUAUGUCAGAAGUUACGGGACGCUGCUAGUGUCUUGCGAUUACCCAGCCGACGUCGGUUUCCGUAUUGCUCCCAUGUCGAUCUUAGCUUUAAGCCCGCUCUUCCGUCAGAAGUCAUCGUAGAUUUUUCCAUUCACCGUGGAGAACUCCUCGUGGAAGCUUUUGGUCUGGCGGCCUCUCAAAAGGUAAUCACCGAUAUUUCGGAGGGCUGUGCAUCGAGAGAUGAAUUUAUCGGCUGUAUUUGUGUUUUUCGUGGACGAAAGGUCGAGAUAGUGGAGUAUGCACGUGUCUCUAUGCCGAUUCCACAACUAGAGGAAAUGCUGGUCCGACUGGAUGACCAGAUAGCGUGGCUGUUACAUGUUCGAGAUAAUGUCAAAGCGCUGCUCGACUCCACACCUUUUGACUGUGACGACCAAUGCAUUCCACAUCUACUGUAUUCGAGCCAACAUAUUAGCGAUGAUCGAAAGUUUCCAGUUUCAAAGCUAAUCACGCCAUUACGAAAGCGAGGGCAGUCGUUUCGAGAGACAAGAAGAGUGAAUGUCACUGUCGAUGCUGACGGACGGUGGCAUUUAAAUCAAUACACGUUUAUGGAGCAGUUAGGAAAAGGGGCUUAUGGUGUUGUGUAUAAAGUAAUUUGUAACGAGACGAAAAACAUGUUUGCCGCGAAGUGUAUGAACAAGAAGGCUCUCCAGCGAAUCCGAGUCGGUCGUUUCGGUAACGCCUUGCAAUCCAUUACAAAGGAGCUCGAAAUUUGGAAACAAUUGAAGCACCGACAUAUCGUAGUUUUGCGCGAAGUCAUUACCACGGAUGACUGCGACGAAUUGUACAUGAUCAGUGAGUUGAUUGACGGAGGUCCGGUGCUCAAUGAUGCCAUAUUGUGUACCCCACUAAAAGCAGAUCUGACUAAAACCUACUUUACGCAUCUGAUUGAAGGAAUUGCCUUUCUACACAAAAAUAAGAUAAUUCACCGUGACAUUAAGCCGGGAAAUUUGCUUCUUAAGACGAAAAAUAAACAUGGAGCUAUCCUCAAGAUUGCCGACUUCGGUGUGUCACACGAACUUGAACAUGAUAAUGAGGUCAUGCGGCAAACUGCCGGAACUGCCAUAUUUAUGGCUCCAGAGAUGCUUACUGGAGGUAGCUUUCACGGAAAGCCUGCUGAUAUCUGGGCUUGCGGAGUUACACUUUUCAUGUUCGUCUACGGGUAUCCGCCGUUUAUCGCCCAGACAGUGACAGUAUUGUAUAACAAAAUCCAGAACGAAAUUGUCAAGUUUCCGACCCGUGUCGGCGACCGCGUGAUAGAGGAUGAACUUAUUGACCUAAUGCAACAUAUGCUUGAAAAGGAUCCAACGCAGCGUUACACAAGCCAGCAGAUCCGAUCACAUCCGUGGGCAUGGCGCGAAUUUCAAAUCUCUGCUUUUAAUUGCGUAAUUCAACCAGAAGAGCGGAUACUGCCUCUUUACAAAAUUUUAAGGAGCCUUACAGGCAUUGCAUCACUUGGUAAAACAUGUAUGCAAAAGCUAUUCUCUCGGUCAAGUAUCGUGUAUCCAGCAGUUUCGUCUUGUUCAUCGCUCGCAAGUGCCAUCUCAAGCUUCAAGGACAACAAUAUCAUGUACAAGCCUUGCGAAAUCGCGCGCUCUAAUCAGCUCUUACUCAGCAUGUACAUUUCGUCGGUGUGGUGGACGACAUUGCAAAGUCAAUAUUUCGCUAGCGAUGUACCAUCUUGUUCAUGA